AUGGAUUAUUUGUGGGCAAAAGAUGAUACGAGCUCCGAGUACGUUGACUAUUUUGCGGCUGUCAAAGAGAGCCACCGUGACGUUUUCAACGAAUGGGACCAGUUGCUGAGUGGAAAUUUGAUGUGGCUAAACAAGUACGAGCAGUUUUCGAAGAACAAUGAAACGUCAACGGAAUAUCUCAUCGAAGGCCAUCGCAAGUUCUCGGUUGACAAUUGGAGCGGCGCAAUGUUGAGCUAUAAUAAAAGUUUGUGUUUUGCCGAGCCCGGCAGCGUGAACGAAAGUCUCGCGUACGUUAAUCGGUCCGAGUGUUUUUUCAAAAUGGAAAUGUACACCAAAUCGUUUAUCGACAUCAAAAUGGCAAUCAAGUGGAAACACUCGUCGCGUGUGACAAAGCGUUUGAAACGUCUUCAUGACAAAUGCCUAAAGUUCUUGUGGCUUGGAUUCGGCAUUGAUUGUCCGAUGCCAAAGCUGAGCUUCGAUCCGGACGACAAUUUCCCAUGCAUGGCUGAUGUGCUCGAAAUACGCGAAAACGAUGAAUUCGGUCGUCACAUCGUCGCAAAAUGUGACAUUGAUGCGGGCAAAGAGGUGUUGGUGACGAAUGUGUUUGCAUCGGGCACAGCGGUCGGCAAUCAAUUGUGCUGCAGAAAUUGUAACAAGAUCGAGCAAAAUUUCGUUCCAUGCCGAAAAUGUGUUGGCACCGUGUUCUGUUAUGGCUCGUGCUCGGAACACAAAGCCAUUCAUCAGUUGGAAUGUCGCUCAUUUUUCCAUGUUAUCGGUGACACAACGUUGAAGCUGCCAAUUCAAACGACUUUGAUGGCCAUCGAAAUGUUUCCGUCGGUUGACCAUUUGAUGGAGUUCGUUGAACAAACGCGCAGAGCGAAUCGAAUCCCGACAUCAACGAAAAAUUCAACGUCACGCUAUGCCUUGUUCUUGAAUUUGUCACCGUUUCUCAACGAAGAACGCAUUUAUCCGGCGUAUCAAGCGUACACAUCGCUCAUGUCAAUUGCACAAGUCAAGCGUUUGUUUGAUACCGAGAGGAAAAGGCGAUUUUUGAUGCACUUGACUCUUCAUCAUUUGAUGGUCAUUCCACAGAAUUCAUUCCGGCACGAACGUUUCCACCGAGACUGGAUUCUCACCGAUUACAUCUACGAUGUUUUGUCUCUGAUUAAUCACUCGUGCGUGCCGAACGUGUUCAAUUACUCAACAUCCGAUGAAGUUGGCCACUGUGUCACCGUUCGACCAAUUCGAAAAGGUGAACAGAUUUUUAUCAAUUACCUGGGCAACGAAUGUAAAGAGUCACUGGAAUAUCGACGAAAGGCCCUCAAAACAUGGGAUUUCGAGUGCAAGUGCCCAAAGUGUGUCUUCCAAAGCAGCCCCAAUAAACUGUCACGUGACGAUCGAAAAAAGAUUACAUCGAACGCAUCAUGGAAGUUCAUCGCGGAAAAUUGCCAGAAAAGCCACUGCAAAGAAAGCAACUCCGACCUAAGAAUCCGCCCAAAGCUAAAGAAGGAGUGCGUCAAUUUUCUACAAAAAUUCGGCCAUUUGGUUUUGACACCAGAAAUUCGCUUUGUUAAACAUUGCUUCACUCUACACUGA